GCUACAUAACAUUUGUGAAAUUGAUUUGAAGUUUAGCAGAAAACGGAGACUUUACAAUUUAAAAAAUUACAAUAUUCUAAAAGGAACUAUGCAGUGCUAUCCGAAACUGUCGCCGAAGCGUGAGCCUCCGGAGCACGGCUACGAAAUAGAGAUGAUGGGUGGUGCUAGGAGACUGGAGUUGCCGGCGCCUCCGGGCAAGGAGUUCCGCGCGCCGUGCCUGCUGCCGGCGCCGGCGCCGCCGCCGCCGCCCACGCACUCGGUGAUCCAGUGCAUGCGCCCGCCGCCGCCGCCACCUCCGCCGCCACGUCUCCACAAGCCGCCAAUCUUCGAAGAGCCUUCCAGCUCCAUUCCUGAUCUAGAAUUUGAUGGUACCACGGUGCUAUGCAGGGUCUGCGGAGACAAGGCCAGCGGGUUCCAUUACGGAGUGCACUCUUGUGAAGGAUGCAAGGGCUUCUUCCGUCGCUCCAUACAACAGAAGAUCCAGUACAGACCGUGCACCAAAAACCAGCAGUGCUCCAUCUUAAGAAUUAACAGAAAUCGGUGCCAGUACUGCCGAUUGAAGAAAUGCAUUGCCGUCGGAAUGAGCAGAGAUGCUGUACGAUUUGGGCGUGUACCAAAACGUGAAAAGGCCCGAAUUCUAGCGGCGAUGCAACAAUCAUCAUCGUCCCGGGCGCAAGAGCAAGCAGCGGCGGCAGAGUUAGAUGAUGCCCCCAGAUUGCUAGCACGAGUUGUACGCGCGCAUCUCGACACCUGCGAGUUCACCCGCGACCGCGUGGCUGCCAUGAGGGCCCGCGCUCGCGAUUGUCCCACCUACUCUCAACCCACUUUGGCUUGUCCGCUGAAUCCAGCGCCGGAGCUACAAUCUGAGAAAGAGUUCUCUCAACGCUUCGCUCACGUGAUCCGCGGCGUGAUCGACUUCGCUGGCCUGAUUCCUGGGUUCCAGCUACUUACGCAAGAUGAUAAAUUUACAUUGUUAAAAAGUGGACUUUUUGAUGCUCUAUUCGUGCGUCUCAUUUGUAUGUUUGACGCUCCUCUUAAUAGUAUAAUAUGCCUCAAUGGACAACUUAUGAAGAGAGAUUCUAUCCAAAGUGGGGCGAAUGCACGUUUCCUUGUUGAUUCUACUUUCAAGUUCGCCGAGCGCAUGAACUCCAUGAAUUUGACAGAUGCCGAGAUAGGCCUAUUUUGCGCCAUAGUUUUGAUUACACCGGACCGACCAGGUCUCCGGAAUGUAGAAUUAGUUGAAAGAAUGCACGCACGACUGAAAGCGUGUCUCCAAACUGUCAUUUCUCAAAACAGGCCCGACAGACCUGGAUUCCUUCGGGAAUUAAUGGAUACCCUUCCGGACCUUCGUACAUUGAGUACGCUUCACACGGAGAAGCUGGUCGUGUUCCGUACAGAACAUAAGGAGUUGCUACGGCAGCAAAUGUGGGGAGAUGAAGAAGGAUGCUCAUGGGCAGACUCUGUUGCCGAUGAAUCAGCCCGCAGUCCGAUUGGCUCAGUUUCUAGUAGUGAAUCAGGCGAAGCGAUAGGUGAUUGCGGCACGCCUUUACUAGCAGCGACGCUUGCGGGACGCCGAAGACUCGAUUCCCGUGGUUCUGUCGACGAGGAAGCGCUGGGUGUAGCUCAUCUAGCUCACAAUGGCCUCACAGUUACACCUGUGCGCCCCCCACCACGUUACCGUAAAUUGGAUUCCCCAACCGACUCCGGUAUCGAGUCCGGUAACGAGAAGCACGAAAGAAUCAUUGGACCCGGAUCGGGAUGUUCGAGCCCGCGGUCCUCUCUGGAGGAACAUAUGGAAGAUAGACGACCAACUGCACCCGCAGACGAUAUGCCUGUUUUAAAACGUGUCCUGGAAGCACCACCAUUAUUCGACACACCCUUGCUUAUGGACGAAGCGUACAAGCGACACAAAAAGUUUCGCGCUAUGCGACGCGAUACAGGCGAAGCAGAAGGUCGGCCCGUGCAGCUCACGCCUUCUCCUCAACCACCUCAACACCCGCAUCCCGCGAGCCCGGCUCAUCCGGCGCACUCGCCGCGACCGCUACGCGCAUCCCUCUCUUCGACACAUUCAGUGCUGGCCAAGAGUCUCAUGGAAGGCCCGCGCAUGACUCCCGAGCAACUGAAGCGGACGGACAUCAUCCAGCAGUACAUGCGCCGCGGAGAGCUGGCCGCGGCCGGCGCGAGCGCUGCGGGCGAGGGCUGUCCGCUGCGCGCGGGCGGCAUGCUCACGUGCUUCCGCAGCGCCUCGCCCGCGGCGCCGGAGCCGGUGCUGGAGCUGCAGGUGGACGUGGCGGACGCGCCGCUGAACCUGUCCAAAAAGUCGCCAUCGCCGCCGCGCUCCUAUAUGCCCCGGAUGCUGGAGGCGUGAGGCCGGCCCGCGGAGCCUUACGUCUCCGCUACCCCACCCCGACCUACGUUAAAUUGAAUAAACUAUUUAGUUAAUAAUCGUUCGCAAAUUGGUUUAAUAUAUUAUAUGUGAUAAUUCGUUUAAGACGCGUGUGUGAGGGGCCGGUGCCGGACGAGGAGAGCGCAAUAGACUGAAAAAUAAUUUAAGACUAUAUAAGUAUAAUUUAUAAUGCAAUGCAGCGCCGGUCGCGGUGUGUUUGUGUGUGUAUUGUAUGUGCGUAUGUGAGCGUGCUCAGUCAUUUGUUUGUUAAUAUAAUGACAGGUUGUCGAAUUAAAAUAAAACAAAUGUGUAAAAA